AAAGCAUCAAAAGAAUAAAUUACACCCGUUGCCAGAUUUUUGACCGCAAAAAACAAGUCAUCAUCGUUUGCUAGUUCAAUCGGUCGAAAGCAUAGACAUAAGGUCGAAAGGAACGGUUAUGAGCAGGUGUAGCAGGUCACCAGGUUUUCAUCAUCGAACCUGUUAAUGGCACUAAAGGCAAAGAAAAUUAGUGAUGUUUCGAUAUUUCUGUUGCGGUGCGUUUUUUCAGUUUCCUUACUCAAUUCAAUUACAUUGUGCGAAAUUCCAAAUUUUUUUGUGGACAUUGAACUGAAACCAAUACUCUAUUCUGAUGGAAAAACUCUUGCGGAGAUAAUAUUUGAUGAAAGUGGAAUAAUGAAACAUUGCAGGCUACAUGAAUUAGAAGAAGACGCAGAUGCUGAACCAAUCAUCAAAGUGAGUGGUUUAGCAGUGAAAUAUCCCACCUUCAAAGAAAUGCUACUGCUUAUCAAUAGUUGUACACAGCUUGAAAUUCCUAACAUCAAUGAUACAGAUUCCACAACAACAACUACUACUACUGAAUCACCAGGUCUUAUAAUAGGAACUUGGAGCAUUUGGAAUGGGAUUGCACCAGGAACAAAGUGGUGCGGAGUUGGUGAUAUAGCCGGCUCAUUUGAAGAUUUGGGCUCGGAAACAGACGUGGACGCUUGUUGCCGUGCUCAUGACCAUUGUCCAGUAAAACUGAAAGCAUUCCGUACUGGUUAUGGUUUGCUGAAUUUAUCUCUAUAUACUAAGUCACAUUGUGAUUGUGAUAAUGAAUUUUAUUCGUGUCUGAAAAAUACAAGGAACAAAUUUGCUGAUAUGGUUGGAAAUUUCUACUUUAAUUUCAUGCAAGUGCAAUGUUUAAAAGAGACGAGACCCUUUAUUUGUGUAGAAAACAGAACUGAAAUCGAUGGAGGUCAACAAUGUGUGAAAUGGAGUGCUGAUCCUAGUUCUACGAAAUUACAUGUAACAGUGUCACAAUUAGAGUAUUGAAAAAAAUACGUAAUUUUAUUAGAUACAGUCAAUAAAUAACGAGAAGAUACUUUUUAAUUCAAAAGUAAUGUCUACAAUCGUUUAUAGAUUUUUGUCCUAUUGUGACACAAGUCGCUCAAAAAUU